AUGAUCAAACAGCUAUGCGAAGCGGGUGUCUUAAGGAAGCUCUCAAAAUAUAAAGAUAAUUACGUGUGUCGAACGGAUCCAAAAGACGUUGCUCGUGUGGAGUCAAAAACAUUCAUAUGUACCCCGAAUAAACAUGAUGUCGUCCCUCAUAUCCCUGAAGGUGUGAAGGGUGUUCUUGGACAAUGGAUUUCACCGGAUGACUUGAAUCAUGCACUGAAAGAGCGUUUGCCUAGCUGUAUGAAAGGCCGGACUAUGUAUGUAAUGCCGUUCAGCAUGGGACCAGUGGGGUCUCCCCUGGGCAAAGUGGGGAUCGAAAUAACAGACAGCAUGUACGUUGUACUUUGCAUGCGAAUCAUGACGCGGAUAUGCCCCAAAGUUUGGGACAUAAUACAAAGUGAAUCCAAUUUCGUCCGAUGCGUCCACAGUGUGGGUUUUCCUCUUCCAAAUGAACGUACAAUUGUGAACAAUUGGCCAUGCAAUCCGGAACAGACUAUCAUAUCCCAUAUACCGGAGAAGAAGAUGAUUAUUAGCUAUGGAAGUGGUUAUGGUGGAAACUCGCUAUUAGGAAAGAAAUGUUUUGCGCUGCGUAUUGCCGGAACGAUUGCGCACGAGGAAGGCUGGUUGGCUGAACACAUGCUGAUCAUGUCCGUGACAAACCCUCAAGGUGAAGAGAAGUUCAUUGCUGCCGCUUUUCCAAGUGCUUGUGGGAAAACCAACAUGGCCAUGCUUCAACCAAGUCUGCCGGGGUGGAAAAUUCAAUGUGUUGGAGAUGACAUAGCAUGGAUGCGAUUCGACAAAGACGGUGUAUUGAGGGCCAUUAACCCUGAGUAUGGGUUUUUCGGUGUCGCACCUGGGACAAAUCGCAAAACUAAUCCAAAUGCGGUUGCCACUUGUCUUUCUAACACAAUUUUCACAAAUAUCGCCGAGUCAGUGGACGGACGCUUCUUCUGGGAAGGUUUGGAAGAUGAUUUUGAUCCGGAAACCGAAGUUAUUACUUGGUUGGGACACCAUGUCAAGAUAAGUGACAAAUCUCACGACCCAAAGGCCCACGCAAAUUCUCGGUUCUGUUGUCCAGCUAGCCAAUGCCCAAUUAUACACCCCAAGUGGGAGGAUCCAGAAGGUGUUCCUAUCUCCGCCAUUAUUUUUGGCGGCCGGCGACCGGAAGGCAUUCCACUUGUCAUACAGUCUUUUGAUUGGAAACAUGGUGUUAUGCUUGGUGCUGCCGUUAAAUCAGAAGCAACUGCUGCAGCUGAGUUCACUGGAAAGGUGGUCAUGCAUGACCCGAUGGCCAUGCGACCGUUUGUUGGCUACAACUUUGGGAAAUAUCUGGAACACUGGCUAGGGAUGGAGAAGGCCGGGAGGAAAUUGCCUCUAAUUUUCCACGUUAACUGGUUCCGUUUGAACGACCAUGGAAAGUUUGUUUGGCCCGGAUUUGGUGACAAUGUACGUGUAGUAGACUGGAUGCUGCGUCGGGUUAAUGGCGAAGAUUCGGGCGAGCCAAGCCCAAUCGGUAUCAUCCCGAAAAAAGGUUCGCUCAAUUUAAGUGGAUUGGACGUGAAUUGGGACGAUAUGUUCUCUCUACCAAAACCUUACUUACUGGAAGACGUAGAUGAGACAAUGCGUUACUUUGAUGAACAGGUUGGAACUGACCUACCAGACGUCAUUCGUAAAGAGUUGGUGAACCAGCGUGAAAGAAUACAGAAACAACUGUAA